AUGUGGAUAACAGAUAAGUUGAAGGAAAGACAAUCUUUUGAGAUUGAAGCUGGUGGAUUUGGGGUUGGAAAUCUAAUUGAACAAAGUUCAAAUUUAGAACGUGAGAAGAAUGAGAAUCGGGACACACAUAUUGAGGAGUAUGAAGAAAAGUAUGAAACAAUUUUCAACAAUGUUUCAACUGAAAAGGAUAAUCUGGAAGAUAUUACUUUUCAUUGUCUAUCGAAAUUCCCUGAAGACAAUAGAACGAAGGAGAUGAUAAGGAAGUUUAGAGACAUAUUUUCAACUACACUUUUUUCUAGUCGAGAGAAAUCAGAAACUAUUAAGGAGAGAACUGGAGUCAAAGCAGAUAGAGAUGAAGAGCUUAAUAAAACAAACAUUUCUGAUUUUGAUGAUGAUAAAGAUGAAGGAAUGAAUACAAAGUUGGUUUCAUUUUUAACUGUUAAACCAUUACAACAGAAGUUUCCAGAUAAUGAAGAAAGACAAGAAGAAGAUCAAGAUAUGAAUGUUGACGACCCAAUAAAUUUGGGUUUAGAGAAUAAUAUUGGCGAGGAAACUAUUAGACAUCCGCACAAUCCAGAAAGACAAAUAGAAUUUGAAGGCAUAAAUGUUGAUGACAAAAUAAAUUUGGCUUUAGAGGUGAAUAAUAUAGACGAAACUAUUGGAAAAAAGAAUUUAGAAGAGAAUGUUGAGUGCAAAAAUCUUGUUGAGGGUGGUGAAAUGAUUGGUGGAGAGAAGAUUAGGGAGGGGAAUAUUGUAGAGAAGGUGGUUGGAGACAACAUAGGUGAGAGCUCAAUUGUUACACCAAAACAUGAUCCAAAAGAAACUGGUGAUAAUUCUGAGGGUAUUGAUGAAGAUGGAGAGUUAGAAGGGAAUGAAGAACAUAUUUUAGAUGAGAAAGGGAAAAGGGUCAGAAUGGUAAUUGAAUUAAGUGAAAAAGUCAGUACUGGGCAAGAGAUAAUGGCGCAAAUCAUGUUUAGAUGCGCUGGAGACAAAGAUCCAAUGGAAAUGCUAUUUGAAACGGAGUCUAGAGACAUAAUGGAUAGGGUGCAUUUUGAGGGUAUGUGUCCAAAUCAUAAGAUACAUCCUUUCGUUUUUGAUUGUUGGGCUGUUGUUCUUAAUUUUGAAGAAGAAAACCUGAGAAACAAAAAAUCACCACUACGUGUCUUCUUCAACACUCAAAUUAUGACAGAAAAAUUAUUGGAUUCUUCAAUACCUUCUGUCGAAAGAUUCUGA